AUGACAGAUACCUCCUCCCUCGCCAUCACGCACGCCACCACGGAUCCGUAUCCGGUCCCCGCUCCUCUGGGUUCUCCCGCCAACGGUGCACUUUCUGAUUCGGGUGCGCCCGAUGAAGAAGAGCCGUACACCAUCAAAUGUAUCUGUCAGUUUGACGAAGAUGAUGGCAGCACGGUUUUUUGCGAACGCUGUGAGACGUGGCAACACAUUGUCUGUUACUAUCCAGAUAAACGGGUACCAGACGUGCACAACUGCAUCGAAUGUGAGCCUCGCCAGUUGGACAGCCGUCGCGCUGCCGACCGACAGCGCCAAAGGCGGGUUCGAGAACGGAGCGAGGACGGUGACCGACGGAAACGAUCUAGUGCAAAGGCGCCCAAGAAAAAACCCAAGGAUGGUGAAGUGAACGGAUUUGGUCAUCAGCGCAGCGAGUCUGGACUACGUGAUCAACCUCCCGCGAAGAAGACGAAGACUGCCCAUCGAUCAUCUGCUUCUAUAAGUGCACUCUCAGGGGCUCCUAAUCUUCCCACAGAGCCUCGUAAACGACGUUCUUCCACAUCUAUUGCACCGAGCCCUACAAAACCCUCUGUUCCCUCUAUACCCCUAUAUUCGAACGAGUUCAUGCAUCUCUAUGAUCGCGACGAAGAGCAUGCCGAGAUGGACAGUAAUCUGUUCGUCAAUGUAAGCCUAGUGGGGGAGUCGGCUUCGUGGGUCAAGAACCCAGAUGCCUUGGCCAAAGUCACAAAUGGGCGCCGGGCCGCAGCGGAUACAUUCAAUUGGUCUGAUGCUGCUCUCGAUCGCUCUCGUUGGCCUUCCCUCAUGACCGACACCAUAACCGACCCGAAUGUCGAGAUUGGUGGCCGACAUCCCACAUGGAAAGUUGUGAAAACUCAAGAUUCAGUACAGAAGGACGAAAUCGUUGGGGAAAUCACAGGCAAAGUUGGAGUUUUCGACGACUACUGCCUUGAUCCUAACAAUCGGUGGUCCGAACUACGCCACCCUGAACCGUUCGUCUUCUUCAGUUCACACUUACCACUAUACAUCGAUAGUCGACAUGAAGGUAGUAGUAUGCUUCGCUAUACUCGCCGCUCCUGUCGCCCGAACGUUACUAUGAAAAUAUUCAUCACUAAUGAUGUUGAGUACCAUUUUUGCUUCGUUGCAAAGGAAAAUAUUCCCGCUGGCUCGGAAAUUACUAUCAUGUGGUACUUAGAUGCUCAACUGUCUGGCUCAUCUAAUGGUCUUGUCAAACAAGAAGCUGGUGAUGUUGCGACGGAUGCUGCAGCCACGUUUAUUAGCAACACUUUGUCCAAUUUUGGUGGCUGUGCAUGUGAAUACCCUCAAAACUGCCUUCUUGCCAAUAUCGACCGCCGAUGGCACCCACAAUUGUCUGAUUCCGCCUCAAAGCAAAACAACGGCAAACGAAAGAAGGCCAAGAUCAAGUCUGGUACAUCUCCGCUCGAUUCCGGCAAUGCCUCCGUCAGUCGUGCUGGUAGCGAAACCACGAAGCAUCCCGAGGAUGAUGACGCUGCCGCUGACAGUCGCUCUACGUCUGGCUCUGUGCGUGGACAGCCACUUAGUCGCGACCUAAGCCCGACUGCGUCAACUACAGGUAUCUCUGGCCUCGAAUUAUCGAGCCGCGAACGACGAAAGAUUGCGGAUGCCGAAAAACAAUUUCAGGCACUAGAACACGAUCAUAAAGGGCCAAGGAAAAAGAAACGCACCAGUGGUCCUUCAGUACAAUCUCCCGCUGCUGUUACAAGCUCAACAUCAACACAGACUGGAUAUUUUGGACGUGCUUCUGGUAAAAUGCUGCAUAUUGACACCGCAGCCAGCCAGUCUCGGUCACCAACUACCGCUCUCUCCCCAGGCUCCUUGCCUCCCGGGCGAUAUCCCUCGCCACGCAAGACAUCUGGAUCUAAUACGCCAUUCCGCUCCCCUUUUAACCGUCCUGCUUAUGUGGAUGCGUCCGUUCAGGUUGAUAUGGAUGCUGUUGAACGGUCGUCAAGCAACGAGUCUCCUUUUCGGCAGCGUGUCAAUUUUGUGCCCUUGACGGUGCGACUUUUGAAACGCUUCAGCAUGGAUCGGUUACGGGCUGAAGAAACUGUCCGCCAACAAUUGUCGUCAGCUGGUUCUGAUAGCGUGGCACCGGCAGAUUCUUCGUCUCCUUUAAUUCAGUCACCAAUUGCCGCGGGUCGAAAUCAGGUUGAUAUCUCGAUGCUGGGCGCGGAUACUCCCAAGGCUGCUCCUGUAGCUACCGCUGCUUCUGCAGAUGUGGAAAUGCAGGAUGCUCCUGAAAGUUCAGAGUUCAGACAUCCUUUUACCGAACGGGACCCGAGUGGACCACUAAUUUCUCCACCAUGGCCAUCUACUGCCGCCCACAACAUCCGCCUUGCGGGGUCAACUUCUUUCAAUCGCGCGAACCUCCGUGUUUCCAUGCCUCCUCCUAGUGCUCCCCCCACCAUUCCUGUCGCAGUCAGCCCUGGGUCUGUAUCCACCGCAAGUCUUGCUUCUCCUUCCACCGUUGAUGCAACCUCGCCACAAUCUGUACAAACACCCGUGGCAGCCACACCAACCCCGGCCAAGAAGAAACUGAGUCUUGGUGAUUACCUGAGUCGUCGAGGUACUUUGACAACCCCAACCUCGGAGAAAACCCAAGCCCAAGCCAAUGCCAGCUCUUCCGCUCAGAAGUCUCCCACUACGCCGGGAUUAGGGCCCGCGGCAAAUCCGGACGAAGCACCGACUCCAACCAAGUCUUCAUCGGACAAAAACUCUGAUCCCUUAGAGUCCCAUGAUGUUGCGAUGAAAGAUUCCUCCGACUCCACACAGCCUCAUAUACCCUCCAUAUCCUCGUGA